UUUGUUGUGAUGACGUUUUGAUUUUUAGGAAAGCGAAAAUGACGUGUCUCUCUCAUCUUAGCUAACCUUAUUAAUUUUUAAAAGCGAAUCAAACGAUGCAAAUUUGAUUAUUAUAACUUAAAUAGUUCAAAAUGAAUUCGUUUUUAUUACUGCUGUCUAUCUUUAGUUUUGUAUUAAUCGUUCGUUGCCAAAGAGCUCCGCCGGGUGUAAAUCCUCAACAUUAUCAACAUCAACAGUAUCAAGCUCCUCAACAAUAUCAACAAGUACCACAACAACAAUACCAAGUGCCUCAGCAGCAGUUUCAGCAGGCACCACAGAGAGCACCAACUCAGCAGGUACCACAACAACAGAAUGUACCUCAACAACAGCACAUACCACAACAACAGCACAUACCACAACAACAGCACAUACCACAACAACAGCAAGUACCUCAACAACAGCAGCAGGUACCUCAAAAGCAAGCUCCUCAGCAACCUGUUCAACAUCAACAAGUUCCACAAGCUGCCCAUGAUCAUGCUCACCAUGGACAACAACAUUUACUAAAUGCUCAAAAUAUUGCCCAAGAAAAGGAUCAUAUUGCUGAACAUUUAAAUGUACCACUUGAUACAAGCAAAAUGUCCGAACAAGAAAUUCAGUUUCAUUAUUUUAAGAUGCAUGAUUCAGAUAACAAUAAUAAAUUGGAUGGUUGUGAAUUAAUUAAAUCAUUAAUUCACUGGCAUGAAGAGGGCAGCAAAGAGAAACAGGGACAAAUUGAAGAGAAAAUCUUCAAGGAUGAGGAAUUGGUGAAUUUAAUUGAUCCAAUUUUAAAUGUUGAUGAUGGAAACAGGGACGGAUAUAUUGACUAUCCUGAAUUUAUAAAGGCACAACAAAAAGCCGCCGGCCAACCACAGCAAAAUGCGCACUGACAGCGCCAUUAAAGACAUUUAGUACCUACUUCCACUCAUUACAAAUGAUUAGAAAUAUUUUAGUUUUUUUUCUUAGCCUAAAAGAUACAUUUUUGCGUUCUUGUAAAAGUUUGGUAAUUUUUAGUUAGUAUAAGAAUUUUUUAUAUAUUAUUCAUAUUGCUGUGAUAAAGGUCCCUAAAGCGAUUCAUUAUUUUGAAGUCUCUUAUUCAGUAAAGUGCCGAAUCAAUAUAUUAAAUUAGACCUUAUUUAAUAUAAACUAGAAUAUGUUUUUAUUGAUCUGUCAAAGUUACGUCCAAGAAAAGACUUAUAUGUAUUUUAAUUUUUCUCAAUAAUUUCUUUUAUCAUUAAAUUUCGUUAUUACAAAUUUUUAGGUUGUGAAAUUUUUGUAUGUACAAAUUUGUUUUGAAAUAAAUUUUUUAUAAAGA